CCCGCCCCUUCCAGCACAGCCAAGCAAAGGUGAAACCUGAGCCCAGGUUGGAGGCGGGGCUAGUUCCCAGCUUCGCCAGGGUCCCGGCUACUGGGCGGUCGCUGGAAGAACCGGGCCUUCCUGGAGCCGCCAGAGCAGGGCUGGUGAUGGAGCCCGCAGCCCGGGGUCGCUCCCCGCCCUGAGUCCCUCUAACAGCCAUGCUGCCCCGAGGGCGUCUCCGGGCAAUGGGGGCCGUCGCGCUACUACUGCUGCUGCUGCUGCUGCUGCUGGUUGGCUUUUUCCUGUCCAGCCGGGACACCGAGUGUGAGCGCCGAGAGCUGGGCAGGCGAGGUGGGGACCCCUGUGACCUCUGCCUGCUCACGCCACGUGUCCUUUCAGACGGACUGCGCGCAGCGGCUACCCUCGAUGGAGACCCGUGCGGGAGCCGCAACCUCUCCGCCUCCAGCCUGCAGCCUCUCCUGCCACCCAAGUGCGAGCUCUUGCAUGUGGCCAUCGUGUGUGCGGGAUACAACUCCAGCCGAGAUAUCAUCACUCUGGUCAAGUCCCUGCUCUUCUACAGGAAAAAUCCACUGCACCUCCACCUGGUAACCGAUGCUGUAGCCAGAAACAUCCUGGAAACGCUCUUCCGAACGUGGAUGGUGCCAGCUGUGGCAGUCAGCUUCUACGAUGCGGAAGCGCUCAAGCCCCUGAUCUCCUGGGUCCCCAACAAGCACUACUCAGGCCUGUAUGGGCUAAUGAAGCUCGUCCUUCCCAGCGUCCUGCCUCUCAGCCUGGCCCGAGUCAUUGUCCUGGACACCGAUGUCACCUUCUCCUCUGACAUUGCGGAGCUCUGGACACUGUUUGCUCAAUUUUCUGACAAGCAGGUGGUCGGUCUCGUGGAGAACCAGAGCAACUGGUACCUGGGCAACCUCUGGAAGAACCAUAGGCCCUGGCCUGCCUUGGGCAGGGGCUUUAACACAGGUGUGAUCCUGAUGCGUCUGGACCGGCUCCAGCAGAUCGGCUGGGAGGAGAUGUGGAAGCUGACGGCCAGACGAGAGCUGCUCACUCUGAUGGCCACUUCCCUGGCUGACCAGGACAUCUUCAAUGCUGUCAUCAAGGAGCACCCUGAGCUGGUGCGUCCCCUGCCCUGCGUCUGGAACGUGCAGCUGUCAGACCACACACUGGCUGAGCGCUGCUACUUGGAAGCAGCUGACCUCAAAGUGAUCCACUGGAAUUCACCAAAAAAGCUUCGAGUGAAGAAUAAGCAUGCAGAAUUCUUCCGGAACCUGCACUUGACCUUCCUGGGGUAUGAUGGGAAGCUGCUGCGGAGAGAGCUCUUUGGAUGCCCCAACCAGCUCCCUCCUGGGGCUGAGCAGCUGCAACAGGCCCUGGCACAGCUGGAUGAGGAAGAGCCCUGCUUCGAGUUCCGCCAGCAGCAGCUCACUGUGCACCGAGUGCACAUCACCUUCCUGGCCCACGAGCCGCCGCCCCCCCGGGCUCACGAUGUCACCCUGGUGGCCCAGCUUUCUAUGGACCGGCUGCAGAUGCUGGAAGCCCUGUGCAGGCACUGGCCGGGCCCCAUGAGCCUGGCCUUGUACCUGACAGAUGCCGAGGCUCAGCAGUUCCUGCACUUCGUGGAAACUUCACCAGUGCUCUCUGCACGGAAGGAUGUGGCCUAUCAUGUCGUGUACCGGGAGGGUCCCCUCUACCCCAUCAACCAGCUUCGAAAUGUGGCCUUGGCCCAGGCCCUCACACCCUAUGUCUUCCUGAGCGACAUUGACUUCUUACCUGCCUACUCCCUCUAUGACUCCCUCAGGGCCUCUAUCGAGCAGCUGGGCAGUCGGCGGAAGGCUGCUUUGGUGGUGCCUGCAUUCGAGACCCUGCAGUACAGGUUCAGCUUCCCUAACUCCAAGGCAGAGCUGCUGACCUUACUGGAUGCAGGCUCCCUCCACACCUUUAGGUACCACGAGUGGCCUCAGGGUCACAUGCCCACAGACUACCCCCGUUGGCGGGAAGCCCAGGCACCAUACCGCGUGCAGUGGUCGGCCGACUAUGAGCCCUACGUGGUGGUACCCCGGGACUGUCCCCGCUACGACCCUCGCUUUGUGGGCUUUGGCUGGAACAAGGUGGCUCACAUCAUAGAGCUGGAUGCUCAGGAUUAUGAACUCCUGGUUCUUCCCGAGGCCUUCUCCAUCCACUUGCCUCACGCUCCAAGUCUGGACAUCUCCCGAUUCCGUUCCAGCCCCACCUAUCGGGACUGUCUCCAGGCCCUCAAGGAGGAGUUCCACCAGGACUUGUCAAGGCGCUAUGGGUCUGCAGCUCUGAAAUACCUCACUGCCCUGCAGCAGUCCCAAAGCCGGGCCUGAACUGGCCCGGCUGCCCCUGGCCGCGGCUUUCACACACAUUCCCUAGAGACACUGGAGAGCCCUGAUGGGUGCCUUUCUGCUAUUUAAAUUAUUUAAGGUUUUUAUCAGAGGGGCUAGGGUGGAGCCCCUGUGGGGGUUUCUAGUUCCUUCUCCAGCUGCUGUCCCACGGCUGCGGUCCCGCCCUCCUUUGCCCCAGCUGGUUUGGGGCUAGCUCUCCCAAUUCUUUCAUAAUAAAAAAAAAAAAUUUUUAAUUUUUUAAA